GGAGCCACUUCUCCCUUCUUUUGCAGAGCCAGUGCAGGAGCAGCUGGAGGAGACCUGGGUGUUCCAAGGAGAGGGACUUCGUACUGACAGUCACCAUGUCAGACCAGGAGGAGGAGACCCCCGAAGUGAGGGAGCCAGCGUGCCUGCUGUGUGGACGACCAGAGGCUGACCCGGACAUGUAUGGAGAAAAAGUUCAUACAAAUGGAGUCUGUGCCCACGAGUUCUGUCUGGUGAGUUGCUUUGUGUGCUCUUUCCAUAUAUUGACAGGCAGUCCCUGCCACUCUCUCCUCAUCAGCGCAUGGCAUUUUUCCUGCAGUUUUUUGCCAGCAACCUUCCUCACCACCCAGUUGAUCGAGUAGGACACAGGGCUUUUCUCCCACGGGAUAUCCUAGAUGUAGUCUCUCGAGCAGCACAGAAGAGCUGCUUCAUCUGUGGCCAGAGUGGGGCCACCAUCACCUGCUGUGAAACCGACUGUGACCUGAGCUUCCACCUGCCCUGCGCCAAGCAGGGAGGAUGUGUCACCCAGUUCAGCAGACCAUACAGGUCCUUCUGCCCCACACACAGACCAGAGCAGGCAGUGGAGGUGACUCCAGAGCCAGGCACCGAAUGCCUCAUCUGCAUGGAGCCCGUGGAAGAAAGAAAAACCUUCAAUACCAUGGUGUGCCCAGCGUGCAAAAACGCCUGGUUCCACAGGGAUUGUAUUCAAGGACAGGCUCUGCAUGCUGGUUUUUUAUCCCUCCGGUGCCCCCUCUGCAGGGAUAAUAACACAUUUGUCAAGAGUCUGUUCACCAUGGGGAUCCAAAUCCCCUUCAGCCUCCAGAGAUGAUUUGGAGCUUGCUGGCCCCAGCACGGCCAGACUGUCAGGAUUGGAGCCUUCGGAGGUCUCCAGAGAACGUGAGACCAUCAGCCCCAACACAGGCAGCCUGGUGUUGUCAGGGCUGUCUCCCAGUUCUCCAGCACUGGACACCAUCAGCCCCAGCACCAGCAACCAGGUGCCAUCCCUUGGAUCUUCAGCUCCAGAGACCAGCAACCUCCACACCAACCCACAGUCAACAUCGGAGCAGCCCUGGGAACUGCUCCUGUGC